AUGCCAACUAUAGUUAAUGGUGUAAACAAAGAGGAGGCCAGCUUGCCGAAUGGGGCCGAAAGCUCUCUUUGGAUACACGGGAAUGGGAUACCCGGGGGCGCGCGAGCUUGGUGGAAAGAAGCCUCAGUUUAUCAAAUAUAUCCAGCCUCUUUUUACGACUCCGAUGGUGAUGGAUUGGGGGAUAUUCCUGGUAUAAUAGCCAAGAUGGACUAUUUCAAAAAGUUGGGGGUUGAUGUAAUUUGGCUCUCUCCAGUAUACGAGUCGCCCCAGAAAGAUAUGGGUUAUGACAUCGCAGAUUAUACCAGAAUACACAAGCCUUAUGGCACAGUUCAAGACGUCGAAGACUUAAUCGAGGGCUUACAUAAUCGUGGUAUACGGCUUAUUAUGGAUUUGGUGCAUAAAUGGUUCCAAGAAUCCAGAACCUCGAAAGCCAAUCCAUUCCGGGACUGGUAUAUUUGGAGGCCUCCAAAGUACGAUACGCAGGGAAAUAGACACCCGCCUAACAAUUGGGCUUCCAUAUUCGGCGGGAGUGCCUGGAAAUACGACCCUAAAACCGACGAAUAUUAUUUACACCUCUUUUGCACUGAGCAACCUGAUCUUAACUGGGAGAACCCAAAAGUUGUUUCUGCAGUACACAAUAUCAUGACAUUCUGGUUGGACAAGGGUGUAGACGGGUUCCGCAUGGAUGUCAUAAAUAUGAUUAGCAAGACUCCAGGCCUCCCAGACGCUCCAGUCACCGUAGAGUCGAGCCCACACCAACCGGCAAUGUCGCAUUACGCAAACGGGCCUCGACUCCAUGAGCAUUUGAGAGGGUUGAGAGAGAUCCUGGACCGUUACAAUGCAUUUUCUGUUGGAGAAAUGCCUUCUGUUAGAGAACCCGAGGAAAUUAUCAAGGUUGUCGGUGCUUCCCGAAAGGAACUAAACAUGAUCUUCCAGUUCGACAUAGUUGACAUUGAUAGCGGAUCUCUGGGCAAAUUUUCUCCUGCACCUUGGUCGCUAUCAACUCUCAAGGAUAUUGUGGGGAAAUGGCAGACAUUUAUGAUCGAGAGAGAUGGCUGGAACGCGCUGUUUUUGGAAAACCACGAUCAACCACGCUCUAUCUCCCGCUUCGCUUCAGAUAGUCCAGAAUUCAGGAUCCAUGCAGCCAAAAUGCUAGCAACGUUUCUUGCAUUGCAGUCAGGUACUCUCUUCAUUUACCAAGGCCAGGAGCUGGGAAUGGCGAAUCUACCAAAGGAUUGGAACCUUGACGAGUUCAAGGACGUUGAAACUAUCAAUUAUGUGAACGAACUUGCCGAAGUUUCCAAAAUCAAAGGCCAAAGCUUCUAUAACCAAUCUCUAGAAGAAGUUCGCUCAAAAGCUCGAGACAAUUCACGAUCACCAAUUCAAUGGGACACUACUAAAAAUGCCGGCUUCUCUACCGGAGUUCCAUGGAUGCGCGUAAACGACGAUUAUAUGGACUGCAAUGCGCAGUCCCAAAUCAACGAUCCCGAUAGCGUUUUUGCGUUUUGGCAGAACAUCCUGAAGCUUCGCCGCAAGUUGGUCAACGUCUUCGUCUAUGGAGAUUUCAAAUUCUUAAACGACAAUGAUCAGAAUAUCUGCGCUUACGAAAGAUCUCAUCCGACGGCUGGAAGAGCAGUUGUUUUGUGUAACUUUUCAUCAGGAAAAGUCGCCUGGAAAGUGCCUACUGAGCUACUACAUCUAUUGAGCCCAGAAAAUCUCAUCCUCCACAACUACAACGCCCCACAACACAUACGCUUUGAGAGCCUCGAAAUGCAAUUUGCACCUUUUGAGUCCAUGGUCUUCUUCGUUUCUGCAUAG